UGCUCUGUUAUUGCAAACGGGGAAUUGGGGAAAAUAGAAAUUUAGGGAACAAAGCUCGGUGAAAGUAGCUUGAAAGUCUCAGACCCUGAGCGCCACCAUUCACGGUGGCCGGCCUCACACCCUCAAAGGCUCAAACCGCCGCAGCUGCACUACCUGACUAUGUCCGAUCAAUACUAGCCACCAUAGCCGUAUUUCAGGAGCCCCCUUCUUAUCAAAAGAUUUUGCGAGACUAGAGCUAUCUCUAGCCAAAAACUUGAAGUUUCAGAAAGCAAAAUUGUUUGAAAAUUCUAGGUUGUGAAUGAGGUCGAGGGCAGGACUAGAAACGGAGAAGAGCCAAAUUUGUUCGUUCUUUCGUAUCUACAGUUUGAUUUCUCGUAUUUUGUUGGCUCUUUUGACUAUGGACGGUGGAUGAGCUCUGUAUUGGUUUUUUUCUCAUAUGCUUUACCGUAUGGACUACAGUAUGAUUUUCUGGCCAACGAGUGUUUUUUGUUGAUGAGCUCAAGAGCGAAGUACCCUGCCUGGAAUUCCACUCAGAUAAUUCUGAAGACAAAAGCAAGUCUAACUAUCCAAGAAACUAUGACGCUUGCAUGGACCUCUUUCAAGCACUGAAGAAAAUAGCUAAAGUUGUAGUUAAGCCCUAUAAAUCUCGAAGCUUGUGCCCAUCUCCACUCUCAUGUAGGGAUAGAUCAAGCAACUCUAUCCUUCAACCUAUGGGCAGGCUGAAAACUGAUGAGGAGGAUCAGCAGCAGGAAAGCAGUGCUUCUCUAGGUGGUAUCCCAUCGAAGAAAAAACAAGAUGAAGGCCAAUAUUUUCCAUCCAAUUAUAACGUGUGUAGUCUACUCUUCAAGCUUAUGAUGAAGGCACUGCUAAUUGUUUUGGGACUUGGUUUUUGGAGGGUAAGGAAAAUCCAAGAAAAGAAAGAGAGGCACACAUGGGCUGUGCAGGUCAUGAAUGAACUGGUUCAAAAUGCUUCUUUUUACAAGUAUCAUGAUAAUGGAUGGUCUCCACCAAAAAAUCUUUCACAAGAGGCUGCAGGUUGUGCAAUUCCUGAUUUCCCACCAGCCACAGAUAAUGUGGACACUUCCCAGAAUGCAAAUACAAAUGCAGUCGUUAGUUCCUUGGUUGCAGCUCAACGCAAGGAUCAAAACGGCUCAGAGAAAAGGGAUAUGCCCAUACUACUUGCUGCAAAGAUGGGACUAACUGAGCUGGUGGACAAAUUUCUGAAUAAUUAUCCAGCUGCAAUCCAAGAGUUAAACACAGCACAAAAGAACCUUGUGCUCCUGACAUAUGAGAAGAAUCAAAUUGGGGGACCAGGGAAGAAGGAAACACCCAUAUUAAUUGCUGCGAAAAUGGGAAUCUCUGAAAUAGUGGAGAAAAUUCUUGACACGUUUCCUGUGGCUGUACAGGAUUUGGACUCCAAUAAGAAGAAUGUUGUGCUUUUGGCAGUAGAGAACAGGCAGAUCCUUGUCUACAAGCUCUUGUUGGGGAGGCAGCUUCUGAAGGAGAAUGUGUUCCAUCAAGUGGAUGAUCAAGGUAACAGUGCACUGCACCUUGCUGCAAUGUUUGGAGAUCAUCGGCCUUGGCUCAUUCCUGGUGCUGCAUUGCAAAUGCAGUGGGAAAUGAAGUGGUACGAGUUUGUUAGGAACUCAACGCCAGCCCGUUUCUUCGUUCGCUACAACAAGAAUGGUCAGACUCCAAAAGACAUUUUCACCCACACACACACACAGACCUUGUCAAAAGCGGGAGUGAGUGGCUCUCUAAAACAUCUGAGUCAUGUUCAGUGGUUGCUGCCCUCAUUGCUACAGUUGCAUUUGCCACAUCUGCCACUGUUCCCGGUGGUGUCAACCAAGAUAGCGGCAUUCCGAUUCUUCAGAAAGAGGCAGUUUUUAGUCUUUUUGCGGUCUCUUCCCUCAUUGCCCUCUGCUUCUCUGUGACUGCGCUUGUUUUUUUUCUUGCGAUUCUCACUUCCCGCUACCAGGAGAAGGAUUUCUACAAACAGCUGCCUAGGAAGCUGCUUCUGGGUUUAACCUCCCUCUUUGCCUCCAUAGCUGCCAUGCUGGUUUCAUUCUGUGCUGGUCAUUUUUUCGUACUCGAAGAAAAACUGAAGUACACGGCAUUUCCAGUUUAUGCACUCACUUGCUUGCCAGUGUCAUUUUUUGCUUUUGCAGAGCUCUCAUUGUACUUCGAUCUUGUUUGGGCAAUCUUCAAAAAGGUUCCCCAACGUAGCUAUAAGGCGCUUGCUCACUAGUGUUUGCCUCAUUUCUCUCUCUCUCUCUCUCUCUCUCUCUCUCUCUGUUACAUUCUGUGUAAAAGAGACUUUGGUUUGAAUUGAUGCGUGUUAGGAUACUAAAGUUUGAUUUGUAUGUACUCUAGGGAGUGAAGUUUACCAAUUUGGUUGUGAAGAAGAGACAAUUUGGUUUUAACACCACUACGUUCGUGAUCCAGGAGCUCAAAGUUUGAAUUUAGAAUUGUGUGGAUGAGAAAUCCCAUACAAUUUUUUUGUUGUAUUUCGUGAAACAAGUCCUAAAUUUAGGUUUGAACAGACUUUGUUCCCGGAUGCUAUCUAAAUAGUUCAGUGCUUUUUGAUGAGUCAAGCCCCCAAAAUGCUUUUGUUUAA